CUUGCUCUUCAACCCGUCCAAGUCUUGAAUCAAGGUGCUGAUGAGGAGAAAGCUGAAACUGCUCGUCUUUCUUCUUUUAUGGGUGCCAUUGCAAUUGGUGAUCUCGUUAAAACCACUCUUGGACCCAAAGGUAUGGACAAGAUCCUUUUGGGUUCCGAGACCUUUGAAGUCACAAACGAUGGCGCUACAAUCCUUAAGUCAAUUGGCAUUGAUAACCCAGCUGCCAAGAUUCUCGUCGAAAUGAGUAAGGUCCAAGACAACGAAGUUGGUGAUGGCACGACGUCUGUUGCUGUAUUUGCAUCGGAGCUUCUUCGUGAAGCCGAAUCCCUUGUUGCUUCAAAACUCCAUCCACAGACUAUAGUGUCUGGAUGGCGUGCCGCCUCAAAUGUGGCUCUUGAGGCUCUGGAAAAGGCUGCCAAAUCCCAUGAAGGAAGCAUGUCUGAACGUCACGCCAAUUCCGAUUUCAAAGAACAGCUUCUCAAGGUCGCUAGGACUACACUCAGCUCGAAAUUACUUACCCAUCACAAGGAACACUUUGCAAAUUUAGCUGUCAAUGCCAUCCUUCGUUUAAAGGGUAGCGGCAAUCUGGAGGCUAUUCAGAUUAUCCAAAAGCUCGGUGGCACCUUGUCUGAUUCCUACCUCGACGAAGGCUUCCUUUUGGACAAAAAGGUCGGUGUGAAUCAGCCCAAGCGAAUUGAAAAUGCGAAAAUCCUAAUUGCCAACACUCCAAUGGAUGCCGACAAGAUUAAGAUCUUCGGUUCCAAAAUUCGCGUCGACGCGAUCUCCAAGAUUGCUGAUCUCGAGAUCGCCGAAAAGGAGAAGAUGAAAAACAAGGUCGAGAAAAUUAUAAGUCAUGGCUGCAAUGUCUUUAUUAAUCGGCAGUUAAUUUACAACUACCCAGAACAACUCUUUGCUGAUGCCGGUAUUAUGGCCAUCGAACAUGCUGAUUUUGAGGGCGUUGAACGACUUGCUCUCGUGACCGGUGGUGAAAUCGUUUCCACAUUCGACUCGCCCGAAACUGCAAAGCUUGGUCACUGCGAUCUUAUCGAAGAGACAACCAUUGGAGAAGAUCGCCUCAUCAAGUUCUCGGGUGUUGCACUGGGCGAGGCGUGUACCAUUGUGCUUCGCGGUGCCACCAACUCAAUCCUCGCCGAGGCUGAGCGCUCCCUUCACGACGCGCUUUGCGUUCUGCAGCAGACUGUUAAGGACCCACGCACGGUGUGUGGAGGCGGCGCCAUGGAAAUGCUGAUGGCCGAGGCCGUCUUCAAGGCGGCUGCUUCGACCCCCGGGAAGAUGGCUCUCGCCAUGGAAGCCUUCGCGACUGCCUUGCGACGAAUUCCCAACAUCAUAGCCGAUAAUGGUGGUUUUGACAGUGCUGAACUUGUCUCUCAACUGCGGGCUGCUCAUGUUUCAGGCAAAAUGACCAUGGGUUUGGAUAUGGACCAUGGGUGCAUCGCAGACAUGGAGGAGCUUGGCAUCACUGAGUCGUACAACGUGAAGCGUCAGAUCAUAAUAUCUGCCUCGGAGGCCGCGGAGAUGAUAAUUCGGGUAGACAACAUCAUGCACGCUGCCCCGCGCAAGCGUCAGCCCCGCCCUUAA